CUUAUUGUUUUUACUCUUGGUUUUGCUGAUACUAGUUGUGAUAGUCUAGAGGUCUACGAGGUGAGUUGUUGACUACUGGCAAGAAGAGGUUGUACUCCUUACAGGUCUGACCGAGGAAUUCACUAAUACGACAUAAUAACUGUUACAGGCACCUUUGAUACGGAGUACUAAGUUAGUAGUAAUUGUAGUCACGGGCACCACCAGUGCAGCUGUUCCAACCAGGGACGAGGACCGACGUCGAACCAAUACCCGCUAUCAAGAGUGCAUAACCUCCGCUUGCUGUUAUGGAUGAAGUACUGGAAAACCCGUAUUAUGACAUUACGAUCCCGAAUGCAGACCGAGUGCUGCCACAUCUCUUCAUUGGCAAUUACGCAGCCGGUGAGGACGAGAAGUUUCUUACGGAUAACCGCGUCACAUACAUAUUGAACUUGACACCGGACAAGCACAGGAAAAGGUUGGAAGGGAUCACCUACCUAAACCUGGUGUUGCACGAUUCUGCCCAUGAAGAUAUCUCGCGCGUCUUUGAUCAGGCACACGACUACCUGACAACAGUGCGCUUAGAGGGUGCAGUCGCCCUUGUUCACUGUCACAUGGGUAUUUCUCGUGCCACCACGAUGACCAUGUCACACAUUCUGCUUAGUGGUAAGAUCUAUGAUGACAUAGAUGAGCAUCGGGAGAGUGGAAAGAUGUAUGCGAGCCGUGGGUUUGCUGACGAUAAGGCAUCGAGUGCAGGAGAGCAAGUUUCGUUUGCGGAAGUCUGGCGCCUGGUACGAACGCGUCGCAAGUGUGCCUUACCGAAUCCGGGCUUUGUCCAGUAUUUAGGGUUACUUGAGAUGAAGCUUACAGGCCAAAGCACACCCAGCGUCAAGCCAUCCGAUUUACCCUACGAGGCGUAUGUGGAAUUACCUUUGGAAAUAUAGUUCUUCUUUUCUUACUCGUCACUUAAAACUCUCGACACACUCCGCAAAAGCAUCACCUUCACCCUGGGCCUGGCCCGUCAACGGGAUAACACUCCAACUGUAAGUAUGCAAGUAUAUCAACGACUUGGGAAAGUUCUCCCUCUUCUUCUUCUUCUUCUUCUUCGCAUUAUUAUUUUUACUCCCCCUCACAUUGUGUUCUAGGCUAUCAAUUAAUGCCUCAGAGUAGGUGAGUUGAUCCCCCCCCCCCCCGAUAUAAGUUAGUGGACCGUUACGUUACAGUGUAGCGCAUGGUAUGUGCUGCUGCUGCUGCUGUUAUGAAUCAUGGGUGAGAGUGUGUGCAUGCAUGAUAUGUAGCUCCACUGACGACAUCUUAGUGUGUUCUAGAUGUUGGUAGUAGGCAGCCUCCCAGACGUGUCCUGUGGUGUCUGUCAGCUUGUCUUCUAUUUGUUUUGACCAGUGAAUACCAUGCCGGCCACACACAGUAACUAGCAUAAUCAUGUCUACUCGGAACUAUGAAGUAUGAGUUACUUCAUGCAAUGACAAAGUCCCCGUUCUACUCUUUAGGCUGACAGUGUGGCGGCGUAUACCAUGGUAUACGCUCACUACAAUGACGUAGUGUCACUGAUAAGUUACAAUCUUCUCCGCAUGUUUGUACUGGCGUUUACCUCAUACCGGUAUCAACACACCAAGAGCCUCUUGCGAAUUUGUAUUCAAGAUGUGCUUCUGCUCCUAUGUCUAUGCUCCUAUGUCUAUGCUCCUAUGUCUAUGAUUUCCUGUCUUUCAGUCUACUAUUUUUAAUUUAUUUAUCACUUGUCAAGGCUCCUUGUAGUAGCGUUACGAAUUUCAUAACUCAAUUUAUGAGCAUAUCAGGUUGCUUUCUUUUGUGUGUAUUCUGUCAAGCGCCUUCAAUUCAGUCCAGAGUGUCUUUCCAGUUUACUUGUCCGGCAGCGUUUCUCAAAAACAGGACUGCGCCGAACUUUUGCAGUUUGAGUGUAUUUUAUAUAUUCUUGAUUUGAGUUCUGUACUGAUGAAAAUUA